AUGUCGGAGGGACAGGAGACGUCCCAGACUGGCGACACCGGAGCAACCAAUGACAAGACCACUUCCAAGAAGACCAGUUGUUCCGGCUGGUGCAAGAAGUUCUGGCUGAUCGUCGGCGGGCUGGUAUUCCUGGUCAUGGCCGUCGCACUUCCCUUGAUGACGGGAACUGAUUUCUGCCUGGCACACCUGCGAUGCAGUGAUCAUGAGAGGCCGACUCUCUCCUGGCGUGCCUCAGGAGUGGGGACUCUUUCCCCUGGGGUGGGGACUUCCCCCCGUGGUGCAGAAACUACAGCAGCCCCGAGACGCGCACAAGUCACACCGCCGGCGACUCUCAUCACUACCGCUGGGCCAUAUGGAGAUGCACGAGAGCCAGACUGCGCUGCAUAUAAAGCCGCCGGGUACACGACCAGUGGAGUCUACAAACUUGGCUCACCCCUGUCCGGCGUAACGGUCUACUGUGACAUGGAUACAGACGGACAGGGCGGAUGGACCGUGAUCCAGCGUCGACUGGACGGGUCGGUUCCCUUCACCAAGAACUGGGAGGAGUACAAGCACGGGUUUGGGAACAAGAACGGGGAAUACUGGCUUGGGAACGAGAACAUCCACCGCCUGACCAAUCGGAAGAACUAUCGGCUCCGCAUUGAGCUGAUGGACUGGGAUAGAGAGACGCGCUACGCGGAAUACAACACAUUCAGGGUGGCCGGUGAGUCGGACCGGUACCGGCUGACCAUUUCCGGGUAUUCAGGCGACGCGGGAGACUCCAUGACUAACUACUAUCCCAACAACGGGCAGAUGUUCUCCACUGUGGACAGGGACAACGACGCCUGGGAGCACGGCCAGUGUUCUCAGCUGAACGGACAGGCCGGAUGGUGGUUUGAGAACUGCAGCCACUCCUUCCUCAACGGUCGCUACCUGGGCAACUGUGGGAACUCCUGUGAAGCCUUUGAGGGGGUGGCGUGGAAGACCUGGAAAGGAAAGAAUUACUCUCUCAAGUCUGUGUCUAUGAAAAUCAGACCAUGA